AUGGAAGCUAGACAUGAUAAGGUUUCUGAUGAUACUCACCGUAAAGAUAAAUUAAUACUAGCACUAUCAGCUUUAACUCUCUUUACUACUGAACUAUCUUAUCCAGUAUCAGCUUUAACUGUCUUUACUACUGAACUAUCUUAUCCAGUAUCAGCUUUAACUGUCUUUACUACUGAACUAUCUUAUCCAAUAUCAGCUUUAACUCUCUUUACUACUGAACUAUCUUAUCCAGUAUCAGCUUUAACUGUCUUUACUAUUGAACUAUCUUAUCCAGUAUCAGCUUUAACUGUCUUUACUACUGAACUAUCUUAUCCAGUAUCAGCUUUAACUGUCUUUACUACUGAACUAUCUUAUCCAGUAUCAGCUUUAACUGUCUUUACUACUGAACUAUCUUAUCCAGUAUCAGCUUUAACUCUCUUUACUACUGAACUAUCUUAUCCAGUAUCAGCUUUAACUGUCUUUACUACUGAACUAUCUUAUCCAGUAUCAGCUUUAACUGUCUUUACUACUGAACUAUCUUAUCCAGUAUCAGCUUUAACUGUCUUUACUACUGAACUAUCUUAUCUAGUAUCAGCUUUAACUGUCUUUACUAUUGAACUAUCUUAUCCAGUAUCAGCUUUAACUGUCUUUACUAUUGAACUAUCUUAUCCAGUAUCAGCUUUAACUGUCUUUACCACUGAACUAUCUUAUCCAGUAUCAGCUUUAACUGUCUUUACUAUUGAACUAUCUUAUCCAGUAUCAGCUUUAACUGUCUUUACUACUGAACUAUCUUAUCCAGUAUCUGCUUUAACUGUCUUUAUUACUGAACUAUCUUAUCCAGUAUCAGCUUUAACUGUCUAA